GGCGCCGCUCAGAGCGCAGCGGACAUGAGAGGCGCUAAAAAGCAGCUCUGUCCCUUUUUCUAUCUGCGGCAUUAAAGCGGAAGUACUUCACUGGUCCGCCAAGGCCGAGAUCACCGCGACCAGAGCAGCAAGAUGGCUCACAGGCUGCUAGUACGCAGAAUCUGGACAUCCUCUUUGAAAGACAUCCGCUGCCUCCCAGCGUCCACUGCCGCCACCGCCUCCUCGCCUGCUUUUUCCACCUCGCUGCAGUCCGCCACAAGCCGGGUCUCCUUCCUGUCCCCCUCACGCACUCUGCCUCGCUCCCUCCCUCACACUACCCGCCGGGAAGUCUCCUUCAACGUUCAGGACCACGAUGACUUCACGGACAGGGUCAUCAAGAGCGAGCUGCCCGUGCUAGUUGAUUUCCAUGCACAGUGGUGUGGACCCUGUAAGAUCCUCGGGCCGAGGUUGGAGAAGGCUGUCGCGAAACAGAAAGGCCGUGUUGCCAUGGCAAAAGUUGACAUAGACGAUCACACAGACCUGGCCAUCGAAUACGGGGUGUCUGCCGUUCCGACAGUAAUCGCCAUACGGGGAGGUGACGUCGUCGACCAUUUCGUGGGGAUCAAAGAUGAUGAUGAGCUGGACUCAUUUGUCACCAAGAUCAUUGGACAAUGAACCAGCUGUCCCCGCCCUGCCACUCACCACCGUCACGGUGCUGUUUUCUGUGAUCCUGGCCGCCAUCUUGAGCCAGUUUAGCAACAGCCGACAAAUAAACAAUCCCAGCUGGCAAACGCUCAAAUGCUCACACCCAUCCCUAGAC